GAACUCGGCUGACAUUACUUUUCACUUGUGGUUACAGCCCGACAGAGGAUUUUAGUCAUUUGGAUCCACCUCGUGCUUCUCGCUGGAAAUCAGGAGCUCUGGGUAUGUUGGCUGCAGCCUCCCCCAAGGGUCUUUUCUGAGCGGCCUGUGACCCAGCUUUUCAACACUUGAUGAAGUGGACGAUUUGACUACGAUGUGGAAAAAUCAUGACAGAAAAUGUGGUUUGUACCGGGGCCGUCAAUGCUGUAAAGGAAGUCUGGGAAGAAAGGAUAAAGAAACACAAUGAAGAUGUGAAACGGGAGAAAGACUUUCAGCACAAGCUGGUGCGCAUCUGGGAAGACCGGGUAAGCUUAACCAAGCUGAAAGAAAAGGUCACCAGGGAAGACGGAAGAGUCAUCUUGAAGAUAGAGAAAGAAGAGUGGAAGACUCUCCCUUCCUCUUUACUGAAACUGAAUCACCUACAAGAAUGGCAACUUCAUAGGACGGGUUUGUUGAAAAUUCCUGAAUUCAUUGGAAGAUUCCAGAAUCUCAUUGUGCUAGAUUUAUCUCGAAACACAAUUUCAGAGAUCCCCCGAGGAAUUGGACUGCUCACCAGGCUGCAGGAAUUGAUUCUUAGCUACAACAAAAUCAAGACCGUCCCCAAAGAGCUGAGCAACUGUGCCAGCUUGGAGAAGCUAGAACUGGCUGUGAACAGAGAUCUAAGUGACCUCCCUCCAGAGCUCAGCAAACUGCUAAAACUCACCCACCUUGAUCUGAGUAUGAACCACUUCACUACAAUCCCUCUGGCUGUGUUGAACAUGCCUGCCCUGGAGUGGCUGGAUAUGGGAAGCAACAGCCUUCAACAACUCCCUGACAGUCUAGAAAGAAUGCAAAGUUUACACACAUUGUGGCUCCAGAGGAAUGAAAUAGCUUGCCUGCCAGAAACAAUCAGAAAUAUGAAAAACCUGGGGACUCUUGUUCUCAGCAACAAUAAGCUGCAAGAUAUUCCAGGCUGCAUGGAAGAGAUGGCAAAUCUGAGGUUUGUCAACUUUCGAGACAACCCGCUGAGACUGGAAGUGACUCUCCCUCCCAGUGACAUCACAGAAGGAGAGGAGGAACGGGAGCUGUUUGGACUUCAGUUCAUGCAUGCAUAUAUACAAGAGUCACGGAGAACAGAUGACCAAGUUAAGUGACUCAGAUGCCAGUCUCCCUCUAUACAUUCUGAUGGAUAAAGUGAGUCAAAGAGCCCUGCUGAGAAGGAAUACUUGGAGAACUUGGUGAAUUGUGUGUUUGGACUUUGGAAGUAAAAACAAACAAAAUACCCUGCUAUUUAUAUUUUUGUGAAUAUAAAAAUAUAACUUAAAAAGGAUUAAAUUUUUUUGUUUGCAGAAGACAAGUGGCGUUUAC